AUGGCAACUCUCUUGGGCCUCUACAAGAUUCCACAAGUUCAUACUUUUCUGAAAAAUGUCCGGUUUAACAAUAGCGCUGGGGAUGAAGUGUUUUUUAAUGAAAACAGAGAAGUGGAAGCAAAUUUUGAUAUUAUAAACUGGGUCAUGUUAAGAAAUAGCACUUUUCAUAAAGUGAAAGUUGGGAGAAUGAAUCCCAAAGCUCCUUCUGGCAAGGAAUUUAGCAUUAAUGAGACAAUAAUUCAGUGGCCAAGAGGAUUUAACAAGACAACACCACGUUCCACUUGCACUGAAAACUGCUAUCCAGGUUACAACAAAAUAGUCAAGGAGGGGGACUCUGUUUGUUGUUAUGGUUGUUCAAUGUGUCCAGAAGGAGCCAUUGCUAACAAAACAGAUUCAAAGGAGUGCAUUAAAUGCCCGGAUGACCAGUAUCCUAACAAAAAGAAAGAUGACUGCAUUCCUAAAGUAAUUACUUUCAUCUCCUAUAAAGAACCUUUGGGGAGAAUUUUGGCUGCUUUUGCUAUCUUCUUUUUCUGUACCACUCUUUGGAUUCUAGGAAUCUUUACUAAGCACAGGAAUACACCAAUAGUCAAAGCCAACAACAAGGGCCUUACAUACAUUCUCCUCAUCUGCCUCCUGCUUUGUUUUCUCUGCUCCUUACUUUUCAUUGGAUUGCCUGGAAAGGUAACCUGUCUUCUCCGAAAAGCAGCUUUUGGCAUCAUCUUUGCUGUUGCUGUAUCCUGUGUGCUGGCCAAAACCAUCACUGUUGUUUUAGCAUUCAUGGUUACAAAACCAGGAAGCAAGAUGAAAAGAUGGUUGGGAAAGAAAUUAUCAUGUGUCAUUGUCCUCACAUGCUCUCUUGUCCAAGUGGGUAUCUUUGGGGGUUGGCUGGGAACCUUUCCUCCUUUUCCAGAACUUGACAUGCACUCCCAGCCUGGACAGAUUGUAGUGCAAUGUAAUGAAGGUUCAGUCACCAUGUUUUAUGCUGUGCUUGCCUACAUGGGUCUUUUAGCUCUUGCCAGUUUCAUUGUGGCUUUUCUUGCCAGAAAAUUGCCUGACACUUUUAAUGAAGCCAAAUUUAUAGCCUUUAGCAUGAUGGUCUUUUGCAGUGUUUGGGUAUCUUUUGUGCCAACCUACAUGAGUACCAAAGGAAAAUAUAUGGCAGCUGUGGAGAUCUUCUCCAUCUUGGUCUCAAGUAGUGGCUUGCUAGGUUUUAUAUUUCUUCCUAAAUGUUACAUUAUUGUUUUAAGACCAGGGUUGAACAGCAGGAAACUAUUUAGGAGGAAAGCAAUAAUUUCUCAUUAA